AGGUCCCACAUCUAAAGCUGCCAACUUUGAGUUUAUAACAGCCCAACUAUCCGCUUCGAAAUCACUACUAAAACACAUUGAUUUUUACAGACUAUGUGAGAUAGAUUUCCACUGGGCAUCUGCAGAGAAGAAUCAAAACAGAAUAACAAAUACGAUGACUCUGAGCCUGUCGGGACAACGUAUCCAUGCUCUGCUAGCUCCGCAAACGACACGAUAGUCGUACCGUAAAGGUCAUUGCAGUCGUCCUUGUAACGGCGCAGCUGCAGCACUAGUGCAUCGGCAUCGGUCUGGUGAUAUGGAGUUCCGCAGGACCUGUUGAAGUGGAGCAGAGAUUGGAAGUGGGAGUGAAUGGGUGCUAAUUUAUCACUUUUAGAUGCUGUUCCACAUGUCAUCGAAAGAGGAAACAUGACAAAGGCGCAAGUAGAGAGAGCACGAAUUUAGAUCGGUAAUUGCAUGCGCUUACCUCGUCAUAUUGGUGGUAAACCCCAUGACCUUGCCGUUCUUCUUUUUGACCUUCAGAACCUUCUCCUGCGCGCGCACGGUUUUCUUUAGGCCCUUGACUUGGAAGUGAUAGUCUAUCGCACUAUACUCGCGCACUCCUACUGUUUUGAGGGACACUUUUGACCCUUGGAUUUUCUUUGCGAAGGCCUUCCUGGUUUCAUAUUCUACCAGGCGGCCUUCGUUGCAGAUGGAUGCGCGCGUAGCCUCAUCGAGGGUGCUGCCUCUGCCUUGGUGGUGCCAUGCCAUCAACCGCUUUAAGGCGUCCGCUUGCGGUAUCCAUUUUUCAGGUCUAAAACUGCCUGGCGGGAUGGGCCUAGCUUGGUGUAUUUCAAGCACCAAGGCCUCUCCCGGCAUGUUGGAAGACAGGCAGAGUAGCACCAUAUCAUGGUACUUUUGUGCGUUUUUUUCCAGCCGUGUCUGCAUAGAAGUGCACCAGCUUCCCAUGCUUUCCUCAUUGCUUUUAAGCUGGACCCUCAAAUAGCGGUCAACUUUUUUGUGUCCUUUCUUAGGCUUAAUAGCUACGUCAGCACUAGUCUCCGCGAUCCAAACUACUUGGAAUUGGGUCGCGAGAAGCUCCUCGGCUUGUACCUUGCCCCGUGCUUCUAUGUCUUUGGGGAUAUCUCCCAUAAAGGGGGACCAAUAACCACGUGCCUACAGCUACACACUAUCUAAGGCAAGGCGGGGUUUCUUUGGGUUCUUUCUAGGGCCCUGUAAAUGAUGGUCACAAUAGUGGUCGUAUUUAGGGGCUAGGGCUGCUCUGCCCAACUGCCGUGGCUGCUACUGCCCUAUCUGGUCCACUGUAUUGGACCCAUUUCGUAAGGCAAUACCGAUCUAGAUUCGAGACCUCUCUUGGCAACCCCAUAUAGAAAGCAACCGAUUUGAGUACAAAACUGCCUCAUUUUCAAUACCUUCAGGUGCUACUUCGUGAGCAGCCACCGCUCGCGCUACGUGACGGGGCACCAGCGGCAACAGGCGUGGCAGGAUACCUUACAAGUGGCGCUAUUGGCACCCAUAUAUACCCUCAUUUACAUGCUUACUUCAUACCCUAUUUAAACACCCUCUAGACUACCUUAUCUAGCUAGCUCAAAUUGGAACGUUUUUCAUAUGCAUAAAUUGAAGCCCGGAUGUUGACGCACCACCGGAACCGCGACGGCAACCACCCUGCAGACCCGCGACGAAGAGAUGGAUACAGCUCGGGAUAAGAGUUGUUUUUAAAUUGAAAUGGGAAUUUUUGAAUCGAUAACACAGUAAUCACUCAGACGCCGCCAUAAAAUGUCUGGGUCUGGAAGAAUGCAACUUGUGAUGCUGCAUUCGGAUUCCAAAAAAAUCUGUAUUGCGUGAGCAGCAAAGGGGAUGCGAUUUUUGCUACGCGGGGAGGGCAUUUCUAAUGCGGAAUAGGCAUCAAGAUGCCCUUAAAACAUCUGUGAUGCUGGGGCAUGCAUCACAGACAUCACGGCUCAUGCAAAACGUGCAUCACAAGUAUCAGAAUCUUCCAGACCCAGACAUUUUUGCAUUUGAUAUGCAACUCCUACCGGAGUUGAGGCAGCAACUGGAAUCCCAGGAGCAGCGGACGGAUCUGCUAGAAAAGGUGGUGUUUGAGUACGAACAGAAACUCGGGAGCUGUUACGAGGAGAAGGAGCGGUGUGAUGAGGAAAAAGCGGAGGUUGUGAGGAGGAAUUUGGAGGAGAAACAGGUACUGGAAGGGGAAGUGGAGAAGUUAACGGAGAAGGAGAAAGGUACUGAAUGUUGCUACGACACUCACUUGAUUUUGACUUUAUUUGUCAUGCAAUCCGUACCGCGUCGAAUUCCUUUUGUGAUGAUGAUGAAGAAACAAGAACAAUGAAUUCGUAACUUACAAACCCAUAACCACUACAACAGCCUCCCACGCCCAGCAAGAGAACCAACUGAAGCAGCUUGGCCUCUUGACCUCGAAGCUGGACAACUUCGCCGAUUUGAAUUCCGAAAUUCAGCACUGGAAGGACUUGUCCUCGGACCAGACGAGAAAGCGUUUGGAUUUGGAAGACCAGCUCUUUGAAUUACAUCAGGAACUGGAAUCCGAUAGGACUAGUUUCGAGGAACAGGAGCGGAAACAGCGGGAAAAUAUGGGGUUCUCAAGUGUAACAUUCUCCACUGUUUUUACAUGAAUUUGCCAUGCAAAACUUCCAUCAACGUCGACACGAUCAAGCUGCUACUUCGCAUGUUGACAUACUCUCUAAGGGCUAAAGAACCAGCGUCGAAAUCUGUGCAAAAUUUGUGAUGCGAGAGCUGCAAGCUUGCGCCUUUCACUGUUGCUGCUCUUGCGUCACAAUAAAUUCAUGUAAAAACAGUUGAGAAUGUAGUGGAUUUGAGGACGCCAUAGAGAAGAUAGAAGAAUUGGAAAAAUCGCUGAAAAAAAUUCAGAAUUGCAGAAAAACGGAAAAGGACGAAAUUGAAGUGUUGAAAAACAAGAUUCAGGAGAAGGAAACCAUGAUUUUGCUCCAGAAGGACAAAUACGAGGGAGUUUUACGCGAAAAGGAAACUUUGAAACUGAACUGCGAAAGGAUAAAGGACCUAUGGGAGCGCGAAGCAAAACAUAAAUUGGAGGUACGUCGACUCGUUGUUUUCAUCUUGCAGCCUCAGCAUCGUCUAUCAACAUGACAGCAGUGUGCAUAACAUUAAUCCGUAUGGCAUGAUAAGCGGUAUGUGCAACGAGCAAUGACAGCAUCGCGAAUAAAGUCAUGCGGCAUGGUAUCGACCUUGACGAACAAAAAUCGAUACUUAUCCGGUAAAUUGUACUGUGCUGGUUAACUUUUCCCCGCAUGGUAUCAAGUAUGGCAAUGGUCUGUCCGAAACUUUUAUUUUGACCGAGGCCUAUUUUCCCGCCGACUUUAGGCAGAGUCUGGCGGAAAGGGGAUUCCUGGUUUUUCUUACAUUUUUCCGCCGGGAAAUCGCAACUGCUGCCGCCGGCAGAACUUUCUUGAUCGAGGUCUAUUCUUCCGCCGGUUACCUCGGGCAGGGUCUGUGGGGAGGAGACCCGCCCACGCGCACGAGGACUUCUACAGCGAGGAAACCAUAAGCACCCAACAUAAUCACACGAACACAACUCAGGUCGAGCAGCGCUGGGUCUCGGAGUUCCGGCAGGAAACGUUGAGGAAGUUGGAAGAGCAAACCAGCUACAAGCAUUACCUCGAACAGCAAGCGAAAGAGCAGGAGAAGCUAAUCGAGAAGAAAGAAGAGGAAAACGAAUCAUUGAAACAAGCCAUCCACUCAAAACAGCAAGAGCUCGACCACGUCCUCGAUUCCAUCGAGAGAGCGAAAUUGGAAACGCCGGCGAAGAACGCGGAGCAAACGAAAUUGCUGCAGUUUUGCCGAAAAUUGGAAAACGAGAAUUCCGAUUUGAAAGAACAGGUUCACAUCUCCUUUACCACAGCCGAGGAACAGUACCAAUUGUGGGAAGAAAAAUUGCGGGAGAAAGAGCAACUUCUCCAAAAAGAAAACCAAAAACGUGCGUAUCAUUUGUAAAAACGUACCCACCCCGGAGUUGUAAUGCAAAUCUGCAUGCUGAAAGUGUCUCUCAUGCGGAGACCCACGAAAACAAACAGUUUCUAUAUGGUUUUUUGAGAUUUGCGAUGCUCAAAUCCGCAUGGAAUUCUAGAUCUGUGGUGCUGCUUCACUAGCGAAGCAUUACUACACUGCGAGCCCAAAUUUGUCAUGCGCAGCAGCCAAAGCCUGGCGAUUUGUCUUGCAGAUUUCCAAUCUUAACUUUGGGGUGGGGACGUUUUUGCUCACCAUAGUGCGGAGGCGCUGAUCACGUUGGCCGAGAGUGAACAGAGAAAACAAAUUUUGAUAUCAAAUGCAAAAGUGUCUGGGUCUCGAAACUUGUGAUGCUGGGUGGCGUAUCAUGAGGAGACCACAAGUGCUGGCUCAGCGUGACAAGUUUCGGAGCUUCUAGGUGUUGCGUAUUCUGCAUGACAAACUGCAUUUCUGCAUGACAGAAAAGUGGCGCUCUUGGGUAACGUGCAUGACAGAUUUGAGAGUCAUGCCAGACAAGCAUGACAAACAUGCACUCUUGCAGACCCAGACAUUUUUGCAUUUGAUAUUUGGAGGAACAGAACCAAAAUCUCGGGAACGAAGUGGCGCUUUUGAAGAAGAAGCUCCAUCUGAAGCAGUCGAAACAGGAUUUGCAGAGAUUGAUCGAGGAGGAAGUGGCGGUGCUGCAGGACCAGAAACUCGAACUGAAAUCUCGGAGAGACGAAAUUUUGCAGGUGCUUUCCACAAUAUGAACGUGCACAACUCCCCCUCGCCCUCCUUUGUAUAGCAUGAUGAAUGGCAAUACAAGUGUCACCAACACCAAGUAGAGUGCUGCAGGUUUUGCAUGACAAAUUUGCACAGGAGUGUGUAGUGCGAUUGGGCUGCCAGAACUUGUCAUGCCAAACGUGCCAAGAGGGAAAGGGCGCAUACGGAUUUGGUAUUUUGCAUUACAAAUGACGAAUGAGGAGGAAGGGGACUUCUGCACUCUCAUACAGAACAACAAAUCAGUUUCGUUUUGUCGUCGAGAAUUCCGACAGUAAGAAGGCGUAUCCUGUGCAAAAGUGUCGUACUCGUAUUGUAAUCAUGCAUUACAAAUCCUGUUCUUAAGGCAAAUUAGCAUUGCAAAUUUUAUUUCUCAUGCUGAGGAAAUUUGUAAUGCAUUUAUACGAGUACGAUACUUUUGCAAUUCAUAAGGUGCUUAUCAAAUGCAAAUAUGUGCUGGUCUGGAUCUGGAUGGGUGCAGGAGUUUGUCAUACAGGUGGUUUGGUGCCCUCCGAGGACUGGGGGGCAGGUUAGAGAACAAUCACAGGGUUUGUACUACUAGGCGCUUUGCAAUAUUACACAUUCCGCAUGAGAAAGGAUCCUGUUUCAGCACGGCCAAGAAUUGUGAGCGUGAUUUUGUAUUGCAACCUGGGCAAUAAAACGAAUCUUUGCGUGAUCAUCUAGUACACGACGCAUCACAAGUUGGAAUUGUAGCCUUCCUCUUCCAAACCCGGGCUGCAUGAUAUUUCCACCACUGCAUAGUUCUGAUAGAGAAGCAGUUACUCGAGCGGAAUGAGGAAAUUCGGUUACUGAUGGCGAGGAUUCAGGUAUCCUACGUAAAAACGUCCCCACUCCAUAGUCAAGAUGGGAAAUCUGCAACACAAAUCUCCAAGUACUUUUGGGAGUUCUGCAUGACAAGUUUCCAUCUGCAGUGUAGUGCUGGUUAGAAAGGAAAUUACUCAUGCUGUUUGCAGCAUUACAAAUUCCAAAACACGAGUGGCACCGCCCCUCGAGGAGAUGCGCAUUCCAAAUGUUCCUGUCAUUGCAAAUUUGCAUGACAGCUCUGGGGUGGGGACGUUUUUCCACAGGAUAUCAGGAACUGUCUUCGAAAUACAUUCCCUUAAAAUCCGACGCGACCGACGUGGUCCUCGCGAAGUACAUCCACGCUUUCCGCCCGGCGGUACCGUUCUCGAGAGUGUCGAACGGCUGCUAUUAUGAAUUGCAAAAGCAUCGUACUCGUAGUUGCAAUUGUAAAUAUGCAUGACAAAUCUUCUUCCUAAGGUGGAACAGCAUUACAAAUUUGAUUUGUAAUGUUGAGCUAAUUUGUAAUGCAAUUUAUACUAGGUAGUGCGAUGCGUUUGCAUUGCAUAGCUAUCUUUUCGGGACGAAACAGGUGCAGAUUCGGUUGUCGAACGAAAAACCGGUUUUCCGGAUUGGGGGCGGUAUGGCAUUCUCAACUGUUACAGGCUCAACUGUUGCACGGAUUUGUCAUGCAAAAUUGCCACCCAACUCCACUUGAUCAAUGUGCUGAGCAUGACAAAUUUUCGAAGGGCUAAACAACAUCGAUAAUCUGUCCGGAAUUUGUAAUGCAAAACGCGCAAUUUAUUCCCGCUUUCACUUUUGCUGUUCUUGCAUCACAGAUUCGUUCGUCCCGGGUUGAGAAUGUAACGCUUGAGAACCCCAUAUGCGGGUUUUUGUCGUUUGAGAAGUUUUUAGAACAGUACGCUGGGGAGGAACUGGAUAAGAUUUUACUUAUGCAGGAGCAGGGCGGGACUGGGAAUGGUGGUGGAGGAGGGGCGCAGCUGCAGAAUUAA